AUGGGGCAGGAUAAGUGUUUGGUGGUCACGGAUUUGAUAGCCGUAUCUGUAAGUGCAGUUCGUGAUGCUGUUAAGGGGUUGAAGGAAGGAGUUGAAGAUUUUGAUCCCCUUGUCAUUACUCAAGCUUCGUCUGAAAGUCUAAUGUCAUUGGAGUCCUCCUCAGUUGAUGGCAUUGUCUCUCUCUGUAAAUCGCUCGACUUUCCUAGCGAACAAUUGCUUGCUGACAUCUCAAGAAUUCUAAAACCUGGUGGAACUAUCCUUCUUUCCUCGACCUCUGAAACUUCUCAGGGGCAAACGGUACUCGUUUCUUACUUGGGAUUUCUAUUCAUCAUUAAUCAACGUCAACUUUGUUUUUUGUGGUCACAGGUAUUGGGGAAGAAGCCCACAUGGAAGAUUGGUUCAUCUUUUUCCAUUAAGAAAAUCUCACAGGCUUUGCCCAAAGUACAGAUUGUGGGUGAUUGUGAAGUUGGGAGCACGAGGAAAGCUUGCAAAAAUUGUACUUGCGGACGAGCUGAAGCAGAGGAGAAAGUGGAGAAGCUUGGACUUACAAUGGAUCAGCUCGAUAAUCCUCAAUCUGCUUGUGGAAAUUGUGGUCUUGGUGAUGCGUUUCGGUGUGGUACAUGUCCCUAUAAGGGCCUUCCUCCAUUUAAGCUAGGCGAAAAGGUUGCUUUAUCAGGGAACUUCCUUGCAGCCGACAUUUAA